GUGCACGGAGGCUUUAACGAAAAGGGAAGAUUGGUUUUCUUCUUUUCUCUAUUAUGAAUGAAGUCUAUUCUCUGAAUUUAGCUUUAAACCUGUGAUUAUCAGACAUUAUCAAUACGGUGCUGAUAACGAGCUGAACUAAGCUCGUAUAAAUCCCUUCAAGAUGUCUGCGAGCGCCGUGUAUGUCUUGGAUUUGAAAGGAAAGGUCCUUGUGUGCCGAAAUUAUCGUGGAGAUGUGGACAUGUCAGAGAUUGAGCACUUCAUGACUCUUCUGAUGGACAAGGAGGAGGAGGGUACGCUCUCUCCAAUCCUGGCCCAUGGGGGAGUCCGCUUCAUGUGGAUCAAACACAAUAAUCUCUACUUGGUUGCAACAUCCAAGAAAAAUGCCAGUGUGUCACUGGUUUUCUCCUUCUUGUACAAAAUUGUUCAGGUUUUUUCAGAGUAUUUCAAAGAGUUGGAGGAAGAGAGCAUUAGAGAUAACUUUGUUAUCAUAUAUGAGCUGAUGGAUGAGCUGAUGGACUUUGGCUACCCUCAGACUACUGACAGCAAGAUUCUGCAAGAGUACAUAACCCAAGAGGGUCACAAGCUAGACACUGGUGCCCCGAGGCCUCCUGCCACAGUCACCAAUGCUGUCUCCUGGAGGUCAGAGGGCAUCAAGUACAGGAAGAAUGAGGUCUUCCUGGACGUCAUUGAGUCAGUCAACCUCCUGGUUAGUGCCAAUGGUAAUGUUCUACGGAGUGAGAUAGUUGGUUCCAUUAAGAUGCGUGUCUUCCUGUCUGGAAUGCCUGAGUUGCGGCUGGGUCUUAACGACAAGGUUCUGUUUGAAAACACUGGACGAGGAAAGAGCAAAUCAGUAGAACUGGAGGAUGUCAAGUUUCACCAGUGUGUCCGUCUGUCUCGCUUCGAGAACGACCGCACCAUCUCCUUUAUUCCUCCUGAUGGAGAGUUUGAGCUCAUGUCCUACCGCCUCAACACUCAUGUGAAGCCCUUGAUCUGGAUUGAGUCUGUUAUUGAGAAGCACUCCCACAGUCGCAUCGAGUACAUGAUCAAGGCAAAGAGUCAGUUCAAGAGGCGUUCCACUGCCAACAACGUGGAGAUUCACAUUCCUGUGCCAACGGACGCUGACUCGCCCAAAUUCAAGACCACAGUGGGCAGCGUGAAGUGGGUGCCUGAGAACAGCGAGAUCGUCUGGUCAAUCAAGUCUUUCCCUGGAGGAAAGGAGUAUCUGAUGCGAGCCCACUUCGGUCUGCCAAGUGUAGAGGCUGAAGACAAGGAGGGGAAGCCACCAAUCAGUGUCAAGUUUGAGAUCCCGUACUUCACGACCUCAGGGAUCCAGGUGCGUUACCUGAAGAUCAUUGAGAAGAGUGGAUACCAGGCCCUGCCGUGGGUGCGCUACAUCACCCAAAAUGGAGAUUACCAGCUCCGGACCCAGUAGGCAGCGCCUCAGCCGGCAGUCGGCAGGUGGAAAUCAGACGGGGUGGAGUCAAGCCGCUAAUGUGUUAUCAAUGGCAGGUGGCAGUCACGAGACCAGAGGACUGUCACUAUCAAUUUUCUUUGUUUUAGUUUUGUAUUUGUCAAAGUUUUAUUCAUUUAUGAUCAAUGCAAAUAUUAGAUGGAGCCUUCUGUUAGCCAAGGUUUGAAAACAAGAUUGUUUCACUGCUGUGUGGCUCCUCAUAUGAGGGAGGCCAAGGAGAGCAGGACCAAUGUUUACAUCAGCCGUUACAGUGUAGAGUUGUACACAAUCAGUCACCGUGGGUCAAAUUGUUUUAAAGAGUAUGUCACAGUUCUCCUUUAAAGUUACUGUAAUCACCUGCACACAGGUCUACAACACACUCGGCAAGUCUGCGUACGGUAUUUUUUGUAUGAAGCUGCUUUGUUCUGCCACAAUUCCAAUUUGUUGAUUAUCUGUAUAUAUUUGUUACAUGUUAAUGGACGUUGAUUCAGUGUUAUUAGUUUAAAUAACUGUAAAUGAAAAGCAGAGUUUUCUCUUUUUGUAUUAUCUCCUCCAUGUGAUGCCAUUGAUACAUGCCAGAGCAAUGCCUCCCUGCUUGGCUGUUGUGCUUUUUAUUUGCCCGUUUGACUCCCUUGACAUUCAGCUUUGCAAACAGUAGUAAAUGCUGUGAGUUUAAGUUGCUUUUCCACCCCAGUACUUGUUUUCCUUUUCUCUGUCUGUAACCACACUGUAUUAAAUCAUUAAAUGUCUAUUUAGAGAAAACUG